AUGUCUGCUUCACGUGAUAAUUCAUUAGUUCUGAACACGUCUAACACUGACAUUAGUGGCCACACUAAACAUGAUUCCAACUGUUCAUUCUUGGUUGAUCUUGCUGAUAUACAGUUGAUGAAAAAAGAUCUGAAAGAGCUCCUUGCUUCAUUUCGAGGGGGAAAGCUCAAAGCAUUUGGUGAACUCAACACAAUCCAACAAAUGGAAAAUAUUCGUGCAAUGCAGGGUAAAUUGGCUCGUUUGCAUUUUGGUCUUGACAGUCAAGUUAACUAUGAUGAAAUGGAUGACUCGCCUGACAUUGCUCAAGUGCAAGAAAACAACAUGGACACACUGCUUCAAAAAUUAGAUGACCUCAGUGGAGCAAUUAGACCCCUUAACACUUCACCCACAAGUCCUGUGCGUUCGAUACCACCACAAGUUAUGGGUGGUUCCCAAUAA